AUGGUAAGAUACAAUGUGGAAAUUGAAAACUCGUUGAACACGAAACGUGUUGAUGAUCAUUUUUUUCAGGAGACCCCCCAACAGGAGGAGAAAAGCAGCUUUCAGCGGUACCUGGAUCAGUGUUUCGAAAGCGUUCGGAAAACUAAAUUAGUUAAGCAAGCAAUCAUCCUGAGCAAAACGGGAAUCCCAUUGAGAAGUACGUUUGAUGAUCCGGAGGUAACACUAGAGCAGUCCGGACUGUACGUUAGUUUAAUGGAUAAAGCCAGUGCCAGCAUCAGGUGGAUUGAUCCCAGUGAUGAGUUUUUGUAUGUGAGAGUGAAAACGCGAAACAAUGAAGCAAUUGUCGGAAUGGAUCCCGAUGAUGGUCUAAUAUUUGUAACGGUCCAAAAACCGGAAUGA